AUGCCGAAACGAAAGUCGAAGCCAUUGACAUUGAAGGUAGAUCAGAGAAAGCGAAAACAACAGAAAAUUGAAAAUGCAGAGAAGGAACAGGCACAAUUGGUUCGCGAUAAAGCAGCUAAACAGGCACGGCGUUCUGAUUCGGAAUAUCGACAAGCCGAGUCUGUUAGAGAUAAAAAAAGUCGUCAAAAACGUCGAUCGGAUCCAGAAUAUCGACAAGCUGAAUCUGAUAGAGCUACAGUAACUCGCCAAGAACGUCGAUCAGAUCCGGAAUAUCGAAAAGUCGAGUCUGUUAGAGAUACAAAAAGUCGACAAGAACGUCGAUCAGAUCCAGAAUAUCGACAAGCUGAAUCUGAUAGAGCUACAGUAACUCGCCAAGAACGUCGAUCAGAUCCGGAAUAUCGAAAAGUCGAGUCUGUUAGAGAUACAAAAAGUCGACAAGAACGUCGAUCAGAUCCAGAAUAUCGACAAGCUGAAUCUGAUAGAGCUACAGUAACUCGCCAAGAACGUCGAUCAGAUCCGGAAUAUCGAAAAGUCGAGUCUGUUAGAGAUACAAAAAGUCGACAAGAACGUCGAUCAGAUCCAGAAUAUCGACAAGCUGAAUCUGAUAGAGCUACAGUAACUCGCCAAGAACGUCGAUCAGAUCCGGAAUAUCGAAAAGUCGAGUCUGUUAGAGAUACAAAAAGUCGACAAGAACGUCGAUCAGAUCCAGAAUAUCGAUAA